AUGAAUGACAUAUCUUUUAAAGAAAUAGAUACACGAUUAUUAACAAAAAACAAUCGAUUGACUUAUUAACUAACUAACCUAUUUAUCUAAUUGUUUCUGGUCUAUCUAAAUACAAAUUAUUAUCAAGAAAACAAAAAUUUUUGGUAUUUUAUUAGGGUUAUAAAUAAAUAUAAAACUAGGAAGUAAAAAUAUAUUAAAAUGGAAGACGCUGGUGAACACUAUGAAGAAGAAUUCGGCGAAUUAGCCGUCGUUUUUGGAGAUUUCCAUAUUCCUAUGAGAGCAACCGAUAUUCCUGAGCAAUUCAAGGAGCUAAUCCUUCCCAACAAGAUUUAAUACGUUUUAUGCACUGGUAAUGUUGGAUCAAGAGAUACUUAUGAUUGGAUAAAAUCUAUUUCUAAUCAAUGCCACAUUGUUAAAGGUGAUUUUGAUGAAAAUACUGAAUACCCUGAAUUCAAAGUUGUUACUAUUGGCUCUUUUAAGAUUGCAAUUAUACAUGGCCAUCAAAUUGUCCCUUGGGGAGAUGAAGAAGCUUUAUAUAAUCAAUUAAGAGAAUUAGAUGCUGAUAUUUUGAUUAGCGGACAUACCCAUGAUCAAAUAGCUAGCAAGGUUGAUAAAAAAUACAUCUUGAAUCCUGGUACCAUAACAGGUGCUUACAGUCCUUUGAAGAGAAAUGCCUUGCCUUCAUUCUUGCUUCUUGAAAUCAAGGAUAAACUAAUAAAUGUUUAUUUGUAUCAAUUACAAAAUGAUGAAAUCAAAAUUAAGCAAACCACUAUUACAAAAUGA